CGUCAUCGUCGUCGGGAUGAGUGUUCGCCAUGCUGUUUCCCUCCUCUCGAGAACCACAUUCACCACAUCUGGAAGGCUGGCUUGGCUGACACAGUCAAGAUGCAUGUCGUCAGUAUCUAAGGUCGAGCCAGUCGAUCUCGCCUAUGACGAAUAUUUACCUCCAAAUGGACGCAAGGAGAGACCUCUUGUUAUCCUUCAUGGGUUCUUUGGCUCAAAGCGCAACUGGCAGUCGCUCUCCAAGGCGUUCAUGAAGGACCUUGGCAGGCCCGUCUACACCCUCGACCUCCGCAACCAUGGCUCGUCCCCGCACGUCCGCCCGAUGACGUACACCCACAUGGCCACCGACAUCCUUCGCUUUUGCUCGGAACACUCGCUCGAGAACAUCUCCCUCAUGGGCCACUCCAUGGGCGGCAAAGUCGCUAUGGCAGUCGCGCUCUCCCCCUCCCUUCCCCCAGCCCUCAUCCAGCACCUCAUCGUAUCCGACAUCGCACCCGUGCGCGCGCAGGCAUCCGAGGACACGCGUCAGCGUAUCAGGCACAUCGAGGGCAUGCAGCGUAUACAAGGGAUGGGCCUGAAGUCGAGGAAGGAGGCCGAGGAGGCGUUGAAGGAGUACGAGAGCGACCCAGGCGUGCGCGCCUUCCUCUUGACCAACCUCGACACCUCGGAGCCACACAACAUUAAAUUCAAAGUUCCACUCAACUUCCUCAAAGAGGGGCGACCCGACAUUGAGACCUUCCCAUGGGCCCCUGGUGAACGCACGUACGAGGGCAGCACGCUCUUUGUCAAAGGUCGCAAAUCAAAGUUCAUCAACCACAAGAACAUUCCGACGAUCAAGGCGUAUUUCCCGAACGCGCAAAUCGAGGAGCUUGACACCGGACACUGGGUUCACGCUGAAAGACCCACGGAAUACAAGAAGCUCAUCAUCGACUUCAUUGGUCGAUAACGCAAAGAUCUUUCGCCGCUCAUUCUCGCCUCUUCUAAGAAUAUACUACCCUCCAUAGACAGACACCCUGCGGACGAGUUGCCAAACUACUCUUAUGUAAGACCCUUGAUUAUCACCAAAUAGCUAGACGUAUUAGAUGUACACGAAAA